AUCAGAAGAAAGAAAGAAAGAAAGAAAGAAGAAAGAAAGAAAGAAGAAAGAGUGAAGAUUUGAGAAGAUGAAGCUGCUGGGGUGGUGGUUAAUGCUAGUGGGAACGCUGAGAUUAGCUUCGGUUUGGUUUGGGUUCUUCGAUAUUUGGGCUCUUCGUCUUGCUGUCUUCUCCAACACCACAAUGAGUGAAGUUCAUGGGAGGACAUUUGGAGUGUGGACGUUGUUGACUUGCACGCUUUGUUACCUAUGUGCCGUGAACCUUGACAACCGGCCAUUGUAUUUGGCGACUUUCUUGUCUUUCAUCUAUGCCUUUGGCCAUUUCCUCUCCGAGUUUCUGAUCUAUCACACCAUGGAAUUAAGAAAUCUGAUAACCGUUGGCAUCUUUGCAGGAACAUCUAUCAUAUGGAUGCUAUUGCAAUGGAAUUCACAUCAACGCGUGAAGGCUAAGAACUCUUGAAAUCCGAAGGGGAUGGGAUUGGCCCUUUUUGUUUUGAAGGUUUUAGAAAAGCCGGUGCUUUGAAAUCCGAUUUGUGGGAUUACACUGGCAUUUGACUCUCUUGGCAAUUAAAUUAAGGUUUUGGUGUUGAUAAAUGCAUGUAUAAACAAAGCAUCAAGAGGAAAAUGGUCAUGUGUUAUGGCGGGCUUGACAAAGCAUUACAUGAAUAAGCUGAUGCAGCCAUAGCUUUGGAGUGGA